AAAAAAAGGGGAAAGUCUGAUCGUACUAGACAUUCGCAUGACUUAUGUAUGCAGGCAGACGAAGUGAAGAAAUGGUGCUAUUGCGAAUUGCCCGGCUCCGGCCGCCCUGUGCGGUUGUGCUCCGCCUCCCAGCUCUCCCCCCACUCGGGGUCUGCGUUCAUGCUAGGCCCACUCCGCCGCAUGACCCGGCCCGGUCCGCGAUUCCCACAUCCAAGCGGACCGACGCCACAUUUCCGCGGCACAAGCUGUCGGACGAGCUCUCAGGCACGAGGGAAGCAGUUGAGCUCGAGCCCUUGCAACGGAAAUCGAAGCCGUCCCGAUCCUACGGUAGACACUCACCAAUCUCAAGGCAUUCGCUCUGAAGUCGCCAUAUCCCGUCCCCGGCUUUGGAAGCGCCGGGACACAACGCGUGCUUUGCUCCGAUUCCGGUGUCGAAAUGCAAAUGAGCCACGCUAGC